CCUGGCUCCUCAGAGGCGGGUGAGGCCGGUGGAAUUGAGAAACGCUUCCAGAGUCAGGGAAAAAAAACUUUAAAAGAUCUUAUAUAAAUGAACCAAACAUAAUUUCAGUCAAUAACCUUGUUUGAUUUAUCUGGAUAAAUUCAUCGCUGAAACCAUUUCUGACUUCACUCUGUCAUUUUUGAUACUUCAUUAAGUCCAACUGCUUGUUUCUACACUCACUGUCCAUUUUAUCAGCUCCACUGACCAUACAGGAGCACUUAGUAGUUUUACAGUUACAGACUGUGCUCCAUCUGUUUCUCUGCAAACUUUCCCAUACAGAGGUGUGGAUGGUGAAAGGACGAACACUAUGCAGCAGGUCUAAACAUGCAGCUUUUCAAAACCCCCGAAGGAAGAAGAAACAGAAGGACAAUAAGUGGGUGAGACAGGUGUUGCACCCACAUUAGUGCAAGAAAGUCUUGGUGUUCAGCAGCUCUACAACACACAGCAAAACAGAAUACACACUGAUUUAUCAGGAUUACUGGACAGAAUCUCACAGCAGACAUGGACAGGAAUAAGACUGAGUUGUUCAGCAUUGUAAAGAAGGGGGCGUCUUACAUCUUGAAGGGAGCCAUCAACAAGAAAUCUAAAAAUAUCAAGCUACCUGGUAAUCCACUAAUUCCUGAUACUGCACAUUCUGGAUCAAACUGUGGCCUGAACUUCACUGACAUAAGUUUACCAAAGAGUGAUGACAUACGUUUGCUAGAAGGAAACCUCACCACAGUCUUUCUCCCUCUCGUUUACAUCAGUGUCUUUGUUGUGGGGUUGCCCACCAACGCCAUGGCCCUCUGGGUGUUCCUCUUCAGGACGAAGAAGAAGAAUCUCACAUCCAUCCUAAUGGCCAAUCUAGCACUGGCUGACCUGCUCUUCAUCGUGUGGCUCCCACUGAAGAUCGCCUACCACUUCAACCGCAAUAACUGGACCUUCGGGGAGCCACUGUGUAAAGUCCUAGUGGGGUUUUUCUAUGGGAAUAUGUACUGCUCCACUAUCUUCAUAGCAUGCAUCAGUGUCCAGCGCUACUGGGCGAUUGUCCACCCGCUUUCUCAGAAACUGAGUAACCGUGUAACAGUCUGUGUAUCUGUUUGUGUGUGGAUUGUAGUCUGGCUCCUCACUGUACCACUCUACCUGUAUCAGCAGACUGUUCGAGUCAGCAAUCUCAACAUAACCACCUGCCAUGAUGUCGCUUGCCCCAACCAAACACACUUCCCUGUUGGAUAUUUCCUGACCAUGGGCAUUGUGGGAUAUGUAGUUCCCUGCAUUGUGUGUACAGUGGCAUAUUCGCUAAUAUUAUGGUCUCUCAAGAAAUCUGCAAAUGUCAGCAUCAACAAGCAGAAAAGAAAGGCUAUAACCCUCAUGGUCACUGUGCUGGUGAUGUUCCUGGUCUGCUUCACUCCCAGUAACGUCACACUGAUGGUGCAUUUCUCUCUGCUGGCUCGAGGGAUCGAGAACGACACUCAUGGCUUGUACAUCAUCACACUGUGCCUGUCCAGCCUCAACAGCUGUCUGGACCCAUUUGUGUAUUAUUUUAUCUCAGAUGAGUUCAGAGAUCAUAUAAAGAACACACUGAUGUGUCACAGUGCACAUUCAGCUGAUUUGAAGGUGGCCUUCAGACCUGUGAAGGUCUCCACUGAAUCAUCUACAUCUUCAUCCUAAGAAACAGCACCUGCAGAAGAUGUGAGAGACAGUGUAUCUGCACCACCCAAUUUCCACCAAAACCAGCCUAAUGGAACUCAGCAGAGUUCAAACACUCCAGAAUUUAAUAUAAUAAACCCAAACUCAAUACAGUGUCCACAUUCAUCACAGAUUCAAGUAGCCAACAGGCUCAGCAAUAUGAGGGUUAAUUAAUGGGGCAAUACCCCAGCAACCAAUCAUCAUGCUCCACUAGACCAGGGUCCUAUACGAAGCUUAUUUACCAUGAAGUACUGGUGCUUCAUAUUUGAGCUAACAAAAAAAAUCUAUAAGCACAAUCUUAAGGUAAACAUUUUGAUUCCUUCUUUUGAAAGAUGUUUAAUUCAGCAAUAAGGUUUUUCCUACAUUGUUCAGGUUCUUAAGGAUCACCUGAACAACACUUUCAGUGGCUUCCCAAAGGUCCAGUCACUGCCGGUAGUCUAAUAAUGCUGGGCAAUGCACUGCAAAUAUGUAUCAAAUGUUGUAUGUUUCUGUUAUGAUACUGUGCAUAUUUUUACCUUUUACCUUUUGCUUGUACCAAUAGAAGAACCUUUUUGGGUGCUAUAUAGAACCCUUUUCAACAAGGUUCUUUAUACAACUGACUAUAGCACAUCCAUGCCAAUUUUCCAUCAAGCUGAAGGACCCUUUAAUGAUGCAAAGAACCCGUAAAAUCACGCAAAGCGUUCUUUGGGUGUUCAUGUGUCUAUAUAGAACCUUAGUUAAGAGUGUACACAGGAUAUCUACAACCCCAUUUCCAAAAAGGUUGGGACACUGUGCAGAAUG